UCUCUUUUUCUCAUUCUUCUCUCUCUCUCUCUCUCACUGUUUCAAGGUGUUUUUUUUCUGUCCUUUCGAGGUACAAAAAUAAAAUAAAAUAAAAUCAUGGGAGAUAUAUUGAACAAUGAUCAAAUUGUUGAAUUGCAAGAAGCCUUCAGUCUAUUUGACAGAGAUGGAGAUGGUUGCAUAACGGUAGAAGAAUUAGCGACAGUGAUAAGGUCAUUGGAUCAAAAUCCAACAGAGGAAGAACUGCAGGAUAUGAUCACUGAAGUUGAUUCUGAUGGCAAUGGUACCAUUGAAUUUACUGAGUUUUUGAACCUUAUGGCCAAGAAAAUGAAGGACACUGAUGCAGAGGAAGAACUUAAAGAGGCUUUCAAGGUGUUUGACAAAGAUCAAAAUGGUUACAUAUCUGCUAAUGAGCUAAGGCAUGUGAUGAUCAAUCUUGGGGAGAAAUUAACAGAUGAAGAAGUUGAGCAGAUGAUUAGAGAAGCAGAUUUGGAUGGUGAUGGUCAAGUCAACUUUGAUGAAUUUGUUAAAAUGAUGAUGAACGUUGGAUAGAAUUUAAUUAAGUAGAAGCUCAAAAAUCUAAUUAAUAUUCAUAAUUUCCUUCUUAAUUUUAUUCUUUUCUCAUUGAUCUC